AUGGGGGCAGCUAAGAUCCUUGUUGUUGGAAGCAUCCAAGGUCAAUUGAGAAAGGCUUUUGGCAAGAUAUCAAAACUGCAAGCCAAACACGACUUCUCGUUGGCUAUUGUCGUUGGUGAUUUUUUCAGUCCUCCCGGUGAUGAGAGCAAUUCUAGCGAAGUAGGAGCGUUGCUCAACGGUCAGAUCGAUGUACCGCUCCCAACAUAUUUCACGGUUGGCGACUCGCCUUUCCCCGAAAUGGUCAGAGCAAAGUUGGACGGAGGAGACAUUUGCCCCAACCUUUUCUAUCUGGGCCGCAAAGGGACCAUGACUUCUACGGAUGGCGUGAAAAUCGUCUCGCUUGGGGGUCGGCUAGUUCAAAACGAAUCGUCACUCACUCAGAAGCUGGGUACCUAUGACCCAUUGCACCUGGACAACGAGUCAAGAGGACUUCACGGUGCUCACUUUGCACACAUUCUCGUCACAAAUCAAUGGCCGGCAAAUAUCACCAAUGGGUCGAAGAUCGAAUUGCCCGAGGGGAUCGAUGGAACAGCUGGCACACAGUCGAUUUCCAAUCUCUGUCAAGCACUCAAGCCAUGGUAUCAUUUCUCCAGCAGUCCCAGUGCCUUGUGGGAGCGAGAGCCCUUCAAGCAUGUCCUCGACUACACUUCGUUUGAGGAACCGAGUGUAACCAGAUUCAAAAGUCUGGCGAGCGCGUCUGCACCCACGAAAGAGUGGAUGUCGGCGUUCACAUUGGAUACUUCCCGUCCUCCAGCCACGAUGGAGGCUCCGCUCGAGUCGCCGUUCAUCAGAUCCACACCCCCAAGGAAGCGACAAGCAAUCGAUGACAAAGGCCCAUAUCUGGGAGACGCCGAUGAGGGCCAAGGGCCACGCAAUCGCAAGCGUGCUCGGAAAGGUCCGCGCAAUGACCCCAAUGACUGUUUCAUGUGUCUGAAUAAGCCCGGUUCCAAGACCCAUCUUGUCGUGUCUCUGGGGGACGAAAGCAUGGUCACAGUGACGAGAGGUCCGUUACCGUUGCCAUCGACAUUCCCUCAGCUGUCUUUCACUGGCCACGUCAUGAUUAUUCCAUACUACCAUGCUGCAGACGAGCUGGCUUCCGGAAAGAGAUCAUCCGACGAGAUCGCAGCCGAGUUCAAGGAAAUGAAUCGGUUUCGAAAUGCUCUGAGCGUCAUGGUCGGUUCAAAAAGCCACGGUCAGCUGGGCAUCGUCUGUUGGGAAGUCAAUCGAACCGGUAUCCGGCAUUUCCACUGGCAACUCAUUGCAUGUCCAGUGGACCGCAUAAAGAAGGGGCUUGUUGAGGCAGCAUUCAAGGUGAAGGCCGCCGACUACGGGUAUCCAAGCUUCCAAACCUGCGAGGCCGGCACGCAGCUUCCCCAACGAUCAGAUUAUUUCCGAGUGUGGACCUGGGUUGCCGAUCCCGUCCAAAUGGCCGACCAUGCCAACGGCAACGUAGACAACGACGACGACGUGGGCGUGGCAACAUCCAUAUUCUUUGCACUGCCCACGAGCCAAAAGUUCAACAUCUGGUUCGGCAGAGAGGUGAUGGCGGGUCUGCUGCAACUGGAAAACCGGGUCAACUGGAUGGACUCGAUCCUGUGGAAGGACGGGAGCGACCAAGCGGCCGAGGAAGACGACGCGGCGGGCCUGCGAGCCGACUUUGAGGAGUUCGAUUUUGCAAUGAAGUGA